UCUCUCCUCUGGACUGGAGGGAGGGGAAAAAGAAAGGAAAAAAAAAAAGCCCAAGCAAUGCUGAGUCUUUGCUCUGGACUGGGGGCAGCAGAAAAGCAAAAGCAAGACUGAGCCUCUCUACUGGGACUGUUAAGGAGGGGAAAAAGAGAAGAAGAAGAAAAAUGUUAGGACUCCUUUCUGGACUUUAGGGAGGAAAAGCAAGGAAAGGAAAAGCAAAAGCAAUGCUGGUCGUAUGGUCAGGAGUGUAAGGGAAAAAUAUAUAGUAAUGAUGAGUCUGUUGUCUGGACUGAGAAAACUUGGUCAACAUGGUCAACAUGGCCAAACCCUGGAGUGAGCCUGAGUGAGCUGGGGCUUGAGCUCCACUUCCAACUUUCAACACAGUACUUUGGACACCUGAAUGCAGCCUAUUUUAAGGCUGAAUCAAAAUAGCCUGUAUAUGGGGAAAUUAUAGACAUAUUUGCCCCGAGAGUCAGGGACAGUCAGCAGCUUUUCUGAGUCCUAGACGCCUUCAGUACAGGAAAUAAAACCGGAUUGAAGGUGUUCCUGGUGAAAAAUGCCAGCAUCAAUACUAUCUCAUUAACACAGGACAGCCAUCACGGAGUGCCGUUGUUGUGUUUAUCACUCAUCACCCCAAAUUCGUGGAGGAGAACCACAACUCGUAUCAAAACAUAACCAAGAAUGACGACACAGCACUCAAGCCCUCGUUAACCUUGGGUCGCCCCUGGGUGUGACAUCAGAGGAGAUAAAUUAGAGCUUUUCCUGGAUCUAUCUGUGAAGUUAUUCCCACAUUAUUGAAUACAUCCUUCGCUCUUAUUAAACCCACAGUGCAGUGUUCAAGUGCAGCCCACCAGACCAUGAUGUUUCGUGACCAGGUGGGCGUCUUGGCCAGCUGGUUUAAGGGCUGGAACGAAUGUGAGCAGACCGUGGCUCUGCUGUCACUGUUGAAGCGGGUGAGUCGGACCCAGGCUCGGUUCCUGCAGCUCUGUCUGGAGCAUUCAUUAGCCGAGUGUACGGAGCUGCACAUUCUUGAAGUCGAAGCCAACAACCCAGCGGUGAUUGGCCAGUGGCAGGUCGAGCCAAAAGAGCGUCUCAUCUCUUUGGUCCUGACCCACCUGCCUCUCCUUAAGCCCGGUAACGGUGAAGCGAAGAGCGAGUACAUGCGGUUACUUCCCAAAAUCCUCACGCACACCAUCGAGUUUGGGCGGCACCUCGAGGAGAGCAGGCAGCUGCUCUCGUACGCACUCAUCCACCCGGCCACAUCUCUGGAGGACCGGGCUGAUCUCGCUCUCUGGCUCAACCAUCUGGAGGAACGGGCAGCCACUCGCACUGCUGGUGGAGGAGGAGAUUCACUGGAGAGAGUGCCUUCUUCUCAUCACCUCUACGCCCAGCAUCAGCGUUACGGCUCUGAUGAUCGCCUCAACGGCUGGCAGGGAUCCAGAGACUCGGGCAUUGCCACCUGGCACACACAACAACAACAGCAGGGCUGUGAGAAUGGGCAUCUCCUUCUAUAUCCAUCAUCAUCAGUCCCUUCCACCAUCAAUACAGUGGGCACAGGAAGUGGAAGCAACUCCAUCCUGCAGUCUGCGGGUCAGCACAGUCCCUUGAAGCGCUCCGUCUCUCUCACUCCCCCGAUGAGCGGUUCAUCCACUCAUCCUCUGGGACACGGCUGGCUCUCACAGGAGGACCUGCGGGGAAGGGGGGCCCCUCUCACCCCUGACCAUGCCCCUCUGUCUCCUCAGAGCAGCGUGGCGUCGUCAGGGAGCGGCGGCAGCGAACACCUAGAGGAUGGCUCGGGCCUAGGCAUGGCACUCCGGAGCUCUUUCAGUGAGGAGGGGAGCGGCAUGAGGGAUGUUCCGGCAUGGCUGAAGAGUCUUCGUCUGCACAAGUACGCCGGUCUGUUCUCCACUAUGACCUACGAGGAGAUGAUGUCACUGACGGAGCAACAGCUGGAGGCACAGAGCGUUACUAAAGGAGCACGACACAAGAUCAUCAUCAGCAUCCAGAAACUGAGAGAGAGACAGAACAUGCUCCGCUGUCUGGAAAAGGAUGUGUUGGAAGGCGGGAAUCUGCGUUCUCCUUUGCAAGAGCUCCAUUAUAUCAUCGGGACGCCAAUUAAAGCGUUUAACAGUGCGUCCGAGUCUCCGCAACGCCCCCUACUGAGCGCUGAGGGAAAGAGCACAGCCACUGGAGUGUGUGUGAGCGGAGGGGAAGCCGAGAGCAGCACCACACUCGUAGCAGAGGGGGACAUUCCGGCUCAGUUCACACGCGUCAUGGGCAAAGUGUGCACACAGUUGCUGGUGUCUCGGCCGGAUGAGGAGAACAUCAGCUCAUAUCUUCAGCUCAUUAAUAAGUGUGAACUCCAUGAGGCGUUCACAGAAACACAGAAAAAGAGGCUGUCGUCAUGGAGGCAGCAGGUGCAGAAGCUAGUACGCUCGUUUCCACGGAAACCUCUCCUGGACAUGACUGGAUACCGUCAGCAGAGGAGCAGUCGAGGUUUUGGUCAGUCCAACUCCCUUCCUAGUGCUGUGUGUGUGGGCAGCAGCGUGUGUUCCCGGAGGAACCUGCGGCAGUUUCCGGUGCCAUCGCGGAGUCUUCCUGCACCCCGGCUCGGCCUGCUGGGUACCACCGGACUGCUCACACACACGCACACACCACGCAGUUCCAACAAUACACCCACCAACCUGAAGCAGGGCAGACAGGGUCUGUGGUUUGCUAAUCCAGGCGGCAGUAACAGCAUGCCCAGUCGCACCCACAGUUCAGUGCAGAGGACACGCUCGCUACCUGUCCACACCAACCCGCACACCAUGGCCAUGUUCCAGCAGGCAGAUCUGCAGGUUCCUGUGACGGAGCCAGACAUCAAUAAUCGAUUGGAGUCCCUCUGCCGCAGUAUGACUGAACAUGCACUAGAAGAUGGUGUCGAUCGGACGUCCACUAUCUGAAGGAGAGUACAAAAAGGAGGUGGAGCUAUACAUGAAUUGAAGAGAUGGUGGAGAGGAGGGCCAUCUGUGCGGCAUACACCCGCUUUUGUCCUUAAACUCCGCCCACUUUCUCAUCUAACCAACUCAGUCAAUGGUAGUGGAAGUAAUGGCUGGUGGGUGUGGCUUACAUGCUACCAUUCACCUUCUUCUGAAAGCCUGCUGCAACUGACCAGCUCCCAUCAUCAUCAUCAUCAUCAGCAGUGUCAUCACACCAUGACUAAUUUUUCUAUUACAUUUAGCCAUCGGAUAUUUUUGGGAGAUACAAAGAGAAAAAAACUUUAACCGUGAUCAGAGGUACUGUAUUGUGCUGAGGUUUGGUGAAUGUGGAGAAGAGAACAGAGGACAGGAGAGAUCCACGAGUCUUGAGGACUGUGAAGCUGCCUCGCUGCAAACAGAAACCAAAAAAACAUACACACACUAAAAGCCAGGAGUUGAUCGUAAUCUGCAUGGAAUCACCAAACCGAUUCGUUUACACACAUCUAUCAGUUAUCAUCUCCAACAGCAGCAUGAGUUUACAAGUUUUUUGUGUGUUUCCUAGCUUCAUUUGGGAAUUAUUUCCCGGCUGUCCGGGAAGAGCUGUUGUGUGCAAAUUUGAGCAGCAGUGGUCAAGAGAGGAGAACAGGAAGGUGCAAGAGACAGAAUGAGAGACGGUACAAAAGGGAAAAGGGAAGUGAUGUAAGCAUGUGGAGGAUGUGAGGUAGAAUGAGGGCGUCAAGGGAAGUGGUUGAAGGCAUGUAGUAAUUCUGGCUGAGGUAGAUGUGUUUGUUCGGGAUGGAAAGAGAUACUUGGCAAGAUUUCCAGCUUAAAAUCUUGAUAGAAGUCACUGAUUUUGACUUGUUUUAUAUUUGAAUGUUUUAGGGAAAGCUUAAGGAAGUGAGAAUCAUGGAAAGAGGCUAAACUGGACCACUGCUCGUCUGGGGCCGUAUUUAUAUUCUUAGCUAUAUGCUUUGAUAUGGAUUGUAAAUAAAUAGAAAAAUGUACAUUUGUUUUGCGUAAUACUAUCCGCAUGCUGGAGUGACAUGGGAAAAUUUACUUAAUUAUGUAGCUCCACCUAGUGGCCAACUCAUGUAAUGUGCAGUCAUGUGCCUUCACAUGGACAUUCAGGCAUCCAUCAGAAAACAAGGGUUGAUGGUUUGUUCUCGGUGACUUCAAAUUGUGUUCCCCGUGUGACAAGAAACACAAACAGCUAAUUAACAGUUGAGUGUAUAAAGACUUGAAGAUAACAAUUAUUCAUGCCUCUUAAAAGGACGGAUUCGGAGUGCUCUGGCAUUUGAGAAGUUUCAGUAACAAAAUGCUAAAAUGGCUUUGGCUUUUUGUUUUAGUUAGCGCUACAAGGAAAUUAGCUGUUUUGUUUAUUCCCCCCAGCAUUGUCUUAAGGUCAGAUAGUGUAUUAGCAGAUCAUAUUAGUAGGUUUAUAGAGUGGAAUAAGCUUUUCGGUUUAACUUUACAAAUCUGUGCCUCGUUGUGAUUUUCACUUCGAGUGGCUGUUUGAUUUUGAACAUUGAUUAGAUGUUUGACUAGAACAUUGAUCAGAAAUCUAUAAAUGUUGUUGAUUUUCGGGGCAAUUUCAUGCCCUUAAAGUGAGGGUUUGUAGAGUUUUGUAGGUUUUUCUUUCUUCUCUUAUAUAAGAUCUUGUUUGUCAUUGCACUCAGUGCUGUGAAACGCUGAACUAUUGAAAGCAAACACUCUUGUGUGCAAUAGAUUGGGCAAAAUGUGCUGAAGCACACAAAGUAGAUCAUGAACUAGGGGUGUUCACUGGGGUUGGGAUCCCUUGGAAAGAAAGAAAAAAAAAGUUGUAGGUAGUGGGAGGUUUAAAUCUCUCUCUAUAUACGUGUAUAUAUAGAUCUCAUUCAGGCGAAGACGGGUAGAUAUUAAUCUUGUGAGACAAAGAAUCAGUUUACUGCAUUCAUCUUUAGUAAGUAAGUGUUUUAUCCUGUUCUCGGUCACCGUGGCUGAAAUAUGAUCAACUAGGUUUGUUAGAGUUGGCAGGAUUUAGUUUUUUUUUUUUUAAAGAGUCCCAUGAACACCCUAUCAUGUAUCACAGUGUGUAUGUUUUUAGCUCUUCACUGCCAACAAAACACCACAAUAACAGCACCUCAAGCUAGAUAAAGUCCAAAGAUGCUAUCACAUUUUAGCAAAGUGAGAAAAAGGAAUAGUCCAAAACUGUCUCUGGCCUUUUCCUCAAUGUAUAGACCUGUAAAAAGGGAACUGAAAAUGACUUCAUAAACACACGACAGUCAGAAAAGAACAACUGUAACAGCGAGUGACUAAGUUUUCUAACUAGUUUAACCUGAAUAGUGUUUGCUUUGCUAACUAUAGAACACAAAGCCUUAACGUUUCAUUGCUAAUUUACUACCAAUCGAUCUAAACUAUCUUCUGAGUGUUAAUGAACCCUUCAUUCUAGCCAGAUAAUGUUUAAUUAGAUAACUAGUUGUUUUGGUGUGUUUAGUUUUAUGCUAUGUUAUGUUAUGCUAGUCAGAAAAAAAACCCGUCUCUAGCUUGUGGCUAGUUAGCUAAGCUAAGUUAGCUAACUCUGCUAAUUGUUUAUUAGCUAGCGCUGUUUAUUUUUCGUUGGAAACUUCACAGCUUUCCUCUGGGAUUUGUGGAUCAGAAAAAACAGCAGUUUGUUGUUGUUGUUGUUGUUUUCUGCGUAUAUUUUGUUCUAUAGAGUCGUCGAUCUCAGCUCGCUCUAUGCUAGCAGGCUACAAUCCACCUGUUUAUAACUGAUUCUUCAUUCUAGGUCUGAGAAAGCACACACACAUCCUCCCAUAUCAUAUAAGAUAACGUAAACUCUGACGUAUUAAAUCAUUUAAAAAUGAAAACGUCCAUUAAAACUUACAGCACCUGAGAAACGUCUCUAGAGACUUUGUACUAAAAAAAAAAACAAGCACAGAAUGCGUCCUAUGCUACGUUCCCUAAGAAUGACACUCUUAUUGUGAGUUGAAUAAGACGGAGCAGAGCAUGGCCUUGUUUACUUUUCCUUACACUUACACACGAAUAAAUUUACAUUAAAUAAGUAAAUAAACAAACAAACAAACAAACUCCCCAGAAAAUGACUCCGUUACAUGUGUACAAUACCGGCGCUUUAAAAGUGUGACGCGUUCAAGGGCACCCUUAAUUCUCUAUACUGUUACUGUUCUGAACAACAAGGCGUCCUGAUUUUUUUUCUCUACUUUUGACGAGGAAAAUAGUUGUACAGAAGCAUGCAAUUAAGGCUUCGUGUGGUGCAUUUGUAUCACAGCCACUCAACACUGCCAUUUGAACGAACUUUAUUAGUAAAUCUCAAAAGAUUAUUAUUUAUUCUUUCUUUUUUUCUAUUAUUGUCGCAGAUGUUAUUGUAUUCAUUAGAUGUAUUAUUUAAGAUACCGUAUGUAUUAACUUGCUAUGGCUGGUAACCAUAAGUACAUCUCAUGUUAUUUUUUUGUCCUUUAUCUAAAAUGACUGUGUUUUAUAGUCUUUGUUUGAUUUUUGUUCUUAAUUCACUGAUUUGUUUCUUCUUUUGCUCGCUCUGGGAUCCCCGGUGGCCUGUCGCAUGCUGUACAGUGCUGUGUUUGGACAUUAUUAUUAUUAACACGUUAUUAUAUAGAUGAUAAACACAAAGCUGAAUUAUUAUUAUUAUUUUUUUGAUGGGUUUUGCAGUCGUGUGGCAGCGCGCGUGCACACUGAGGUGUAGGGGUGUGUGUGUGUGUCUGUGUGUGUGUCUGUGUGUGUGUGUGUGUGUGUGUGUUUAAACCUAUGUUUUGCCAAAUCUGAGCUGUCGGUAACAUAUAUCGUUGUGUCUACAUUGAAAACGAUUAAAUAUAUAUAUAUUUAUA